CUCUGGUUUCUUCAACCCCAACUUUCCAAGAAUCUUUGCAGCUGAUAGCACCGACACGCACCGAUGGCAAAGCCGACCGUCGUUUUGCUGCCCGUCUGGGGCGCCGGCCACCUCAUGUCCAUGCUCGACGCCGGCAAGCUCCUGCUCGGCUGCGGCGGCGGCGUGUCGCUCACGGUGCUCAUCAUGCAGCCGCCGAGGGAGGAGUACGCGACCGCCGUCGCCGCCGCCGUGCGCCGGGAGGAGGCUUCCGGGCUCGACAUCCGUUUCCACCACCUCCCCGCCGUGGAGCCCCAGGCCGACUUUGUGGGCGUCGAGGAUUUCGUCUCCCGCUUCGUGCAGCUCCACGCGGCCCACGUGAGGGCGGCCAUCUCCGGCCUGGCCUGCCCGGUCGCCGGCCUCGUCAUCGACUUCUUCUGCACGACGCUGCUCGACGUGUCCCGGGAGCUCGGCGUCCGGACCUACGUGUACUACACCUCCAAUGCCGCCGGCCUCGCGCUCUUCCUGCGCUUGCCGGCGCUCGAGGAGGAGGUCACCGUGGAGUUCGAGGAGAUGGAAGGCGACGUUGACAUCCCUGGACUGCCGCCGUUGCCGCCGUCGUCGCUGCCGAUGCCGGUGAUGGACAAGAAGAGCCCGAAUUACACGUGGUUCGUGUACCACGGCAGGCGUUUCAUGGAAGCCGACGGUAUUAUCGUCAACACGGUCGCUGAGAUCGAGCAGAGCGUUUUCGCCGCCAUCGCCGACGGCCGCGUCACUCGUGGAGUCCGUGCCCCGCCGGUAUAUCCGGUAGGCCCGGUGACCUCGUUCGCCGCGCCCUCCGAGGAGAAGCAGCCGCACGAGUGCGUCCGGUGGCUCGACGCACAGCCUCCGGCCUCCGUCGUGCUCCUCUGCUUCGGAAGCAUGGGUAGCUUCGCGCCGCCACAGGUGCACGAGGUGGCAGACGGCCUGGAGCGCAGCGGGCACCGCUUCCUGUGGGUGCUGCGCGGCCCUCCGCCCGCCGGCAGCCGGCAUCCCACCGACGCAAAUCCCGACGAGCUCCUCCCGGAGGGUUUCCUGGAGAGGACGGGCGCGAGGGGCCUCGUGUGGCCGACGUGGGCGCCGCAGAAGGAGAUCCUCGCGCACGCCGCCGUGGGAGGCUUCGUGACGCACGGCGGGUGGAACUCGACGCUGGAGAGCCUGUGGUUCGGCGUGCCGAUGGUGCCGUGGCCGCUGUACGCGGAGCAGCACAUGAACGCGUUCACGCUGGUGGCCGCCAUGGGUGUGGCCGUGGCCAUGAAGGUGGAUAGGAAGCGGGGCAACUUCGUGGAGGCGUCGGAGCUGGAGCGGGCGGUGCGGUCCCUGAUGGGUGGUGGGUCGGAGGAGGGGAGGAAGGCGAGGGAGAAGGCCAUGGAGUUGAAGGCGGCGUGCAGGAAGGCCGUCGAGGAGGGCGGGUCGUCGUACAUGGCGGUGCGCAAGCUCUACGACGAGCUUUACACAGGAGCUUCCAAAUAGCGAAUUACGAACAAGGACACGCGCAGUGGCAAAUCCAGGAUAAAACAGAGGAUGAUUUCUAGCCCAUUUGUGAAUUAUCUGCCUCAUCGUUCCAAUCUCUGUACCAAACUACCAAUCCAAAAUUCCGCUGAAAUUGCCUCUGUUUAUGGUUUAUGUUGUGGUGUAUCAUUUAAUUUUUUUUUUGAAUAAGGCACCGGGGGAGAGGAUCCCCACCUGAAUAACCGAUUAACAUAAAUAAACGAAGUAAUGUCACAAGGGAUACAGAAGACCAUAGUAUGGCCGAAGGCCCUAAGGAAUUAAAGAAAAAGAUACAGGAAAGUUUACAAUUCGA